UGUUUUCCUUCGAACUACGCCCCUCUCUCUACGUUCUGCUCGCUCGCUCUGUUCGGAGCCCUUCACUCACUCCUCCGCUGGUUCGACUCUAUCGCUCUCUCAUCACUGAAUUAUCAGAAAUACUUCUGAAUACCAUUUCAGAUCCGAGUGAAACAAAUUUUGGGUAAAGGGAGAUGUGGUUGGCUAUCGGAUUAGAAUCCAAUAUAUUUGGUGCAGGAUCUUGAUAAUGGCAACCACUGCCUGUUUCAUCAUUGUUAGCAGAAAUGACAUUCCUAUAUAUGAAGCUGAGGUUGGAGUAGCUGCUAAAAGGGAGGAUGCUGCUCAGCUGCAUCAAUUUAUCCUCCAUGCUGCUCUUGAUAUUGUUCAGGACCUUGCAUGGACUACUAGUGCUAUGUACUUGAAAUCAGUAGACAGGUUUAAUGAACUCGUGGUAUCAGUGUAUGUUACAGCUGGUCAUACCAGAUUUAUGUUGCUACAUGACUCUCGUAAUGAUGAUGGCAUUAAAAGUUUCUUCCAAGAGGUGCAUGAGCUUUACAUAAAGACUCUUCUUAAUCCCUUGUACCUGCCUGGCUCUCGGAUCACGUCAUCACACUUUGAUACUAAAGUCAGAGCCCUUGCACGAAAGUAUUUGUAGAAACCACUAAUGGUUUGUGAUGGCUACUUCAUAUAGCACUGUGGCCUGACUCCUACCUUGCUCGUUCUUGAUUAGAUUCCGAAGCUGUCUUUCUUUUUCUUUUUCUCCUUUAAUGUUUUGGCGACGAGUAGGUGUACUGUUGUCUAUAAUUUACCUCAGUCAUUAGCAGGUGGUGCCUGUUUUUGCUAAUGAUGGCGAUUGUUGUUGACAGAAGCUAUUCGAUUGUUAGUGGCUUCAUUUGUAAUACAUAUUAAUUAAUUUUGUACUUAGUGCUUAAGUAUUUGAUUUUUUAUGUGGUAAAAAAUGAUUAUUCAUUUA